AUGUUAAGAAAGUACUGCGCAAAACUUGCAUUAGGGUUGCUUGUUCUGUUCCAGACAGCGCUAAAGUUCUGGUGCUUUACAUCGGCUAUUGCUAUGCGAUCGCUGAAGAUGAAUGGUGUAAGAACAGUAAUUGUCACUAGUGGCACAUUAUCCCCCUUGGAAAACUUUACUAAAAAUAUUGGACUUGAUUUUGGGAGCACAUUGGAGAACGAGCAUGCCGCGAAAGGGGACCAAGUAAUAGCUGCCGUACUCAGCAAGUCUCCAAUUACUGGAUGCGUGUUAAAUGGUUCAUUCAGCGAAAGACGUCACGACAACUAUGCUCGAGGUAUUGCGGAAUCAAUUCUUGCGCUUGCGUCCACCGUCCCUCAAGGAAUACUGGUCUUCUUUGCAUCCUACAGUCUUAUGCACCAUCUCGUAUCAAGGUUCAAGAUUUUACAAGUAAAAAAAGGUUCAUUAAAGACUUACUGGGAAAGUAUGACGAAGGAAAAGUUAGUUUUGAUUGAACCCAAAGAAAAGCAAAUGUUGUCUCAAAUACGGUCCGAAUUUACUCAAGGCGUUCGCAACGGAAGUGGAGCCAUGUUUUUUGCUGUUUGUAGAGGAAAGGCGAGUAAUUCUACAAUUAUUUUCUUAGAAGAAGAAGUCAGUGAAGGAAUCGAUUUCUCUGAUGCUGAUUCAAGAGCUGUAUGCAUAGUUGGAAUACCUUUCCCACCCCUCAUGGAUGUUAGAAUUUGCCUUAAGCGACUUUACAUAAAUGAACUAGCAGCGCUGGAUAGAAAGGCACAAACUUCGGAUGAGUGGUACGUAACUGAAGGUUAUCGUGCUGUCAACCAGGCUAUUGGACGUGUUAUACGACAUGUGAAUGAUUUCGGAAUUGUGGUGUUGUUGGAUGAAAGGUGCUGA